AUGGCUCCUGUGAAGAGGACUUCUUUAGCCGGAGGAAAAGAAACUCUCCGACACUUCACCCAUCCUCAUGUCCUAAUCAAGGAAUUAACUUUAGAUCCGACAGUUUAUUCGACUAACAGGUUUGGAUGUGAUGGUUGCGGCAUGGAUGGUUCUGGUGUCAGAUACCACUGCAAGCAAUGUGCUUUCGAUCUGCACGAGGAAUGUGCUACCUGCCCUGAGUAUUUAACUUCUAACUUUCACCUCCAUAAAUUGGAACGUAUAUGGGAGGGACCCGCGGAUGAUUAUGAUCUCUUGCGUCCUUGCCAUGUCUGUGGUGAUCAAGUCAAAGGUCUCUUCUACAAAUGCUCAUCCGGUGCUGAUGACAAGAGCUAUGAUGACGAGGACCAUUACUUCUUCAUCCACCCAACAUGCUCAAAACUUCCAUCCCAAGUAGUUCUCAAGCUUCAAUCAGUUCCAAUUAUUCCUGAUGCCCCAUGUGCAGUCUGUAGAUAUAUUAUUUCUUCUUCUUCGUGGAGUUACAGAAGUGAUCCGCCAUGCAGUCUCAAUGUCCAUCCCCAGUGUGUCACUCUUCCACACGACAAUCAUCAGGCUGGAAGUGGAGCUAGUCGUUCUGCCCUGCAACAAGUGGAGGAUGCUGCUGCGGAUGAGGAAGAAUUGGCUGCUGUUAUGUACGCUGCUAAAAUGAGGGCUAAAACAAAUAAAUUCAUUAUAAAUAAUAUUAGAUAG